AUGGGCGACCUCAUGAAGCCGAAGACGAUGAAGAGGAAGAACCUCAAGGGUCUUGCUCUUAGCGCACCCCCGCCGAAGCCUGCACCCUCGGCCGGCGAUGCGCAGGUUCCCGGUGGCAUAGCCAGCGACGACAAGCAGGACACGCUGGAGAUUGGUGUGGAGUUUCAGCUGGACCUGAAGGCGGAGGACCUGAUAGUGCUGCGGGAACUGGGCUCAGGCAAUGGAGGAACAGUCAGCAAAGUCCAACAUACGGCAACCAAGGUUGUCAUGGCGAGGAAGGUCAUACACGUCGAGGCAAAGAACGAGGUGCGAAAGCGGAUAGUCCGGGAGCUGCGCAUCAUGCACGACUGCAACUCGGAGUACAUUGUCGACUUUUACGGCGCUUUCCAAAACAGCAGCGGGGAUGUCAUUAUGUGCAUGGAGUACAUGGAUGUCUAUGGCGCAGAGACGCAGCAACUGACCAGCAACACCAGAUCUCUCGACUGGGUAUCCCGGACUUUUGGCCCUGUCCGCGUCGAUGUCCUCGGGAAAAUUGCCGAAGCCGUACUUGGUGGCCUGGCCUACCUAUACAGCGCGCAUCGCAUCAUGCAUCGAGAUUUAAAACCGUCCAACAUCCUGGUAAACUCAAAGGGUUCGAUCAAGCUAUGUGACUUCGGAGUGUCAAGUGAACUGGAAGGUUCCAUCGCCGAAACUUUUGUUGGAACGGGUACAUACAUGGCGCCAGAGCGGAUACAAGGGUCGCCGUACACGGUGAAGUCGGAUGUCUGGAGUGUGGGACUUUCGCUCAUGGAGCUAGCUAUCGGCAAAUUCCCCUUUUCCGGCAGCGGCGACGACGACGAAGCUGGUGGACCUCAGGGUAUCCUCGAUCUUUUGCAGCAGAUUGUUUUGGAGCCAUCACCAAAGCUGCCCAAGAGCGAUGCAUUCCCUUCAAUCCUGGAAGACAUGAUCGCCAAGUGUUUGAUGAAAGACCCUGCGGAGCGACCUACGCCCAGGGAGCUUUAUGACCACGAUGCCUUUUUACAAGCCGCCAAACGCACACCCGUCGACCUCGAAGCAUGGGCCGUCAGCAUGAUGGAGCACAACAAGCGCAAAUCAUACCUCGCCCCCGCACCCUCAGCAGCCAGCAUCAAAGAACAGCUCAAAGAGAAGCCGUCAAUUGAAAGGAGAGGUUCCGCCGACGUCAGAUCACACACACCCAACGGCUCCAUCUCCGCACCCGCACCCCCACGCCCCCAAUAUCCCGCCCGAACCUCCAGCAGCACAAGCAUAGGCGGCCAAAACGUCAUGAAUCUGCCCAUCCGACCGGCGCCGGCGCCAUCAGACGGGCCCAACUCGAGGCCUGGAUCGUCGCGAGGGGCGCCGGUUGCUGGACUGCCUCCCGCACCGAGGCGGUGGAACAAUGAAGUGCCGCAGUAA